UUGUUAAAUUGUAGCCAGAAUUAUCAGAAAUAUAGAAAUUUUUAAUCUAAACAAGAAGAUCAAAUUAUAUGUAGCAAUGCAUGUCAUAGAAAAGCACAACGAUUACGAUGUUCUUUACAUUCUUCUUCGCCUAGCACUUUGCAUCUACUACGAAACGAAUCGAAGGAUAGAGAACUUAAAUAAGUAUUUCGUGGCAACUGGAAACAUUUAUCGUGAUUAUGAAUUUGACUUCGGUGAUGAGACAUUCGUUAAAAAGGCCAAAUUAAAGACAUUGACGCUCCUUAUAGUUCUGUGGACUACAAAGAAAAUCAAACUAAUGACAUUGGAAAUCUUGGAAAUCGAAAGGCCAUUUGUAUUGUCAUUUUGGAUUUGGAAGAACCACUGAAGGAUAAUGCAGUUUUUUUCUGCAAUCAGUAUCAUUGCCCUAUGUUCCUCGUGAUCAAUGCAAAUCUUCAAAAAACCGUGUUGAAGCUACAAAGUUUAUAGCGAUGGAUAAAUUUUGUGCUAGCUAAACGAAUGGCUUCUAACGAAUCAAAAUUAAUAAAGGAAAAUGAACAUAUUCAAAUGCUUUACCUUGCAAUUAUUAUUUGUAUUGCAGGAACAUCUGUCUGUAAUGAGGAUAGCGGUGGAGUAUUGGUUUUCGAGACUAGAAAUUUAUGGUUUCUAAGAUGUGUUGUUAGUUUGUCUCUUAGUGAAAAUAUAAU